UAGAGACGUCAAACUGAGUUACCUUUUUAUUUGGUCAAGUCUAUUUGGUCAAGUCUACAGUCAAAUGUAAAGCUUUUUUUUUAUUAUUUAACAAAAGCACAAUAUACAAACAUUUAGGUAAACAAUAGGGGCACAUAAAAAUCCAAUUUGAAACAAAUCUGUGAACUUGGCAGGAACAAAAAAAACCAUUUUCCACUAUUUUCAACUUUUAAAUGCACAUCUUGGUCACAGCUCCUUAAACAUAAUUGCGACCAAGAUAUGUAAUGAUGACAUUAUGACAUAACUAUUAUAAUCAUCCAGGAUUCCUUAUUGUUUCUACUGUGUGUGCUGCAGUGGUCUGCAGAAAAGCCUGUCUUAGCGAAACUUGUAAUGUGAAGUAUUUGUUGACACUCUCGGAGAAUUGUUUAAUUACUAUGGUCAUUUUCAAGGUGGUUGAAUGGAUUGUAUUAAAGUUCACUCUUCCUGCCCCUUGAAUGUAUGAAGGAGUUGUAACUGAGUAGUAACCCGCAACUGUCUUUAGAUUUAAAGGUUCAACGGAAAACUGGUUGGUAAAAUGAGACGUGUCAUUAUGAAUAUCGCUCAAGAAAACCCAAACACUGUUAACUAUACUCCCUAAACCAACCGUUAAAUAAUUUCUCCACACGUUAUUUGAUACUUUUCAGUAGUACCGUGUUAUACCCCUGAGCGUCUCCACUCGUUUGUUGUCAUUUACAUGUAAUUUCCUGGGUCCCUUUUUAAUCGAGUCAGAACUUGCUUUCAGUGAUCUGUACAGCAGAAUGCUUUUACAUUCGUCUUGAAUGGGUUUACAGACUGCUCUCGUACAGAGGAACGGGCUUUUUUCGUGUUUGUGGUUGGUUGGGGGAGGGGUUUUUACAAACAGACCAGGCAGGAAGAGACCUGCGUGUUUCAUUCUGGCAUAAAGACAUGAAAGACCCCUGCGGUGCUGGGGCUCUAGGCGUCUAAGCGUUGGCAUUGCAAUGAGGAAGUCGUUUUAGAAAAUACACAUUCUGUAUCAAACCCUAGAGAAACAUUUUUCACAAAACAAGAGCGACCCCCACCCCACAAGAAACCAGGGUCAAAGUUCACAGGAAGCUGGGGGGCUGCCAUUUUUCCCUGCUGCUGCUACUGCUAACGUUUAACGUUAGAUGCUAAAACGACGGGGAGUGGCGGUUGGUGUUGGAUUCUAUAGCUAGCUGGAAUCAACGGUUCGAUAACGUUACUCUAAAUACGCAGUUUCUCCGACCGUUGUUGCUAACAACCUGUUAUUGGAUGAAUUCGGCAUGGAGAAGGUAGCGGAGCCGUCUUGGACUUCUUCGUACACCUACCAGGUGAGCAAGCACAGUGCGGAGAUGCUACACAACCUCAACAUUCAGAGGAAAGAUGGAGGCAGGUUCUGCGAUGUGAUAUUACGCGUCGGCGAGGAGAGCUUCCCUGCUCACAAAGCUGUGUUAGCCGCGUGCAGCGAGUAUUUUGAGUCCGUCUUCAGUCGCCAGACGGAGGGUGACGGCGACGCAAAGGAGCUGGAGAUGCACACCAUCAGCCCUAAAGUUUUUAAAGACGUUCUGGACUUCGCUUACACCUCUAGGAUUGUCGUGCGGCUGGAGUGCUUCCCGGAGUUAAUGACAGCUGCCAAGUUUCUGCUGAUGCGAUCAGUUAUCGAGAUAUGUCAGGAGGUAAUCAAACAGUCCAACGUGCAAAUCCUCGUCCCGACCUCACGCGGAGGAGACGCCAGUCUUUUCCAGGCCACGGGAGCCACGGAGCUGGGUUUCCCGGUGGUACAGCAGGAUCUGGUGAACGGAACAGCAAUGCUGGUGAACGGUCAAAGCUUUGCUAACAAUGCACAAAUGCAUGUGGAUGGGAGUGACGACACCGCCGCCGUGUUAUUGGAGGACGGCGGCGAGUCGUCGGUGCCAAUGUUACAGCCUGUCGAAGGACUGUCCGUUUCCCCAUCAACGGAAAUACCGGGGAACGCAUUUCAACAUGACGCUGGCUCCCCGGGGUCGAAAAGGAGCAGGGGGAGACCAAAGAAAGCUGGUGGAGUAGUGGAGGCUAUACACUUUAAUCACGGCACCCAGAAAGACAAUGGGCUUUUUCCUUGCGGUACCUGCGGUAAAGCUUUUACAGAGGCUUCCCGCUUGAAGAACCAUGAAGCGCAACACGGAGCCCACACCGGCGGUGUUAACAACGUCGGCGACAGCUUGUCAACAGCAUCUUUGCUGUCUCAACCUGCUCUGGUGGAAAACGGCGUGCAGUUACACGGAGGGCUGACGCUGGAUAACGGCCGCAAACGGGAGAGGACCAGGCGGCAUGUCGGCUGUGACAUAUGCGGAAAAGUUUUCCGCGACGUAUACCACCUGAACCGACACAAGCUCUCCCAUUCCGGGGAGAAGCCGUACGCAUGCCAUGUGUGCGGGCUCCGGUUCAAACGCAAGGACAGGAUGUCAUACCAUGUGCGGUCCCAUGACGGAUCUGUCGGCAAACCUUAUGUGUGCCAGAGCUGUGGUAAAGGUUUUUCAAGACCAGAUCACCUGAAUGGGCAUAUCAAACAGGUUCACACAACAGAGAGACCCCACAAGUGCCAGAUUUGUAAUGCCUCUUUUGCUACAAGAGAUCGCCUGCGGUCACACCUUGCAUGCCACGAGGACAAAAUCCCCUGCAAAGUUUGUGGCAAGUUUCUGCGAGCUGCCUACAUGACGGACCACCUCAAGAAACACAGUGAAGGAACACAUAACUACUGCGGCAUUUGUAACAAAGGUUUCUCCACUGCGUCCUACCUUAAGGUGCAUAUAAAGACACACCAUGGCUCUUCACUGCCCCCCUCUGCCACAAUGCACACCUUCCCUGAGCCAAGGGGGGAACUGCAGAUGCACAACGGCAACCCUUACCACAUGGGACGCCAGUGCUCAGUGGAAGACCUGUGCGCCAGUCGCCAGCUGCUUCUCACCUCGUCUGAGGCAGAGGGUCGCUUUCAUGGGCUCUCUGGACACCCAGUUCUUCCCCAGCCUGGCCCUCCAUCCUUGGGCCUGCAGCCUGAGCUGCUCAUGGGGAAGGCAGGUGGGGCUCCAUAUUUCUGGGAGUGUCGCUCUGGCGGGUUGCCUGGCUUCCCCGUCCAUGGGCCUGUCGCAGAUGGGCAGGAAAAUGCCGGGAAAUGCCCUCAUCUGGAAUCAGAAGAAUCAGAUCCUUCAUUUGGCGAGCUGUCCAAUGGCGACGAGCUCAAAUCCCCACACAAACCGGACGGGCCAGAGCUCGAGAUGCCCUCUUUAGCUUGCAAUGGAGCCUCUGUGGGAACCUUGGCGUCUCCAGAAGGAUCUAAACCCAAGACAGACCCUGAGAAGAAGUUUACCUGCAGCAUCUGUGGCCAAGCUUUCCGCACCAAGUCCUACCUCAACAAGCACCAGCACAGAGUUCACAAAGCCCAGAAGGCCCAGGGGGUUUCAGGGUCGGGCUUAAAUGAGCUGGCCCCCUCCCUGACCUCUCCCUUCUCCCCUCAACAAAACAUGUCUCUGCUCGAGUCGUUUGGCUUUCAGAUAGUCCAGUCUGCGUUUGCCUCUUCACUGGUGGAUGCCGAGGCAGGUCAAAGCGGAAUUGACUUUGGAGGGAAGUGAAAUAUUUGCUAAAGUUCUUGCAAAGCCUCUUAUUCUUAGGAGAAAGCCGGGUCGCCCACAGAAUAUGCUCUGUAUUUGGGAGUAACUUUGCCUCAAGACUAGUUUUUCUGUUCUUGAUGUUGCUUAAUGUGUAUCUGAUAUUUUUGUCACAAACUGCCAUACGAUUCCUACUUUUUCUACUUUUUGAGAGUAUGGAAAGUGUGCGUACGGUGUUUAAAUUUUCUUUAUAAAGAAACAACAUGAAGGUUUUAUGUCCUUUAUCUGAUGUGGAUCUGUUGAAGUUACGCUUUCAUUUGUUUUUUGGCUUGUGUGUGCGUUCUUAGCUGCACAAAUGUUUCUUGACAUUAAUUAUUUACUGCAACCUUAAAACAAGUAAUUACUUAUCGUCUGUUUGUGAAUUCUGUAUUUAUGUUGUUUUUCUGCUUCUUUUUAAGAAGGAUUUUUUGUUCUUAAUGACGGGGAUUUGAAUUGGCCUCAAUUUUUUUUUUUUUUUU